CCUUCAUUCACAGUCGCUUCAGCGGCAGCAAGGCGCCGAGCGGUAACGUUACAAACCUCCUGUCAUGCUUUAGGAGGAACAUACACGCACACACGCACAAGCUAGCCGGACUUAACUGAGCCCAGCCCCACCUCAGGAGGAGGCUGUGCUCGCUCUCUAGGCGUCUGGAUUGAGAGCAGAUCGCAUUCGAUCCAUCUGAUCAUCACCAGAGCGCCUUUAAUUCUCAGUCUCCGCUACAGACAGACAGCUACACGAGUCAUGGAGACCAGACUGCCCUCCAGCUAGCUAACUGCUAUCCGGUCGGAGCCCGAAAACAUGCGCUAGACAGGGUAUUACAAGAAGACUGUUUCCUGUUUUUUUUCACUGGAGUGACACGGCUGUCACAUCUGGCCAUCAGCAGCCGAAGAUGCAGACUUUCCUGAGAGGCAGACGAGUGGGCUACUGGCUCAGCGAGAAGAAGAUGAAGAAACUCAAUUUCCUGGCCUUUGCAGAGAUGUGCAGGAAAAGAGGAAUAGAAGUUGUUCAGCUUGACCUGAGUCAGCCGUUAGAGGAGCAGGGUCCCCUGGACGUCAUCAUUCACAAGCUAACAGACCUGAUCCUGGAAGCGGACCAGAAUGACACCCAGUCCCUGCUGCUGGUCCAGCGUGUGCAGGAUUAUAUUGACGCUCACCCAGAGACCAUCAUUCUUGACCCACUUCCAGCCAUCCGAACUCUGCUGGACCGAUGCAAGUCCUACCAGCUGGUGCACAGGAUAGAGGACUGCAUGAGAGAUGUGAGGAUCUGUUCUCCUCCAUUUAUGGUGCUAAACAGCGAGUGUGGCCCAGAUACGCUGGAGCAGAUCAAGCAGCACGGUCUUACAUUCCCUUUCAUUUGCAAAACACGGGUUGCUCACGGAACUAACUCUCAUGAGAUGGCUAUAAUAUUCAACGCAGAGGACCUAAAGGACGUGAAGCCACCGUGUGUCAUUCAGAGUUUUAUAAACCACAAUGCCGUGCUGUAUAAGGUGUUCGUGGUGGGCGAGUCGUAUACUGUAGUGGAGAGACCAUCACUCAAGAACUUUCCCGAUGGACCGUCUGACAGAAAAGCGAUUUUCUUUAAUAGCCACAAUGUGUCCAAGCCAGAGUCAUCCUCUGACCUCACAUCUAGAGAUAAUGUAGAAGGUGUUUCCCAACCACCGAAUGAUGAUGUCAUUAGGGAACUGUGUAAAUCUCUACGAGAAUCUCUUGGUGUUUCGCUCUUCGGCAUCGACGUCAUCAUUAACAACCAGACGGGCCAACACGCAGUCAUAGACAUCAAUGCAUUCCCUGGGUAUGAGGGUGUCCCAGAGUUCUUCAACGAUCUCCUCAACCACAUCAUCAGUGUCCUCCAAGACCCCUCUGCCCCUCCCCCUCCCGGCCAGCUGCCCACUUUAGGCGCAGGAGAGCGCAACUGCGCCCCGUCCCAGGAGUGCUGCGGCAUGCUCGGCAAAGAGUCAGACAGCAGCCCCUGGAUCGUGGAGGGCGACGGUGGUCUGAAAGGCCCGCGUCAGAGACUGGGCUGCAACUCAGCCAUGUCCCCCAACUUCCAACAGCACUGCGUGUCCACGAUAGCCACAAAAGCCUCGUCACAAUAACUGCUGUCUCCCCAUGUACCCCCCCACCUUGUCCCGCCAUCCAAAUUGUGAAGACAAACUGAAUAACAUACAAUAAUAACUGUUAUACUGAUAAUAUAUCUGUAAUCAUAAAUAAACUAUAUUGGGAAUAAUCAUAAUGAUGUUGAUAAUGGGCAUUGGAUUCUAUCUCCUAUGCCUUUGUACAUGUUUUAUGUUUUCAUUUUCUUUCUCUUCAGUCUAACUACUCAGUACUGUAAUGCAAACUUUCAGGAAAUCAUCAGUGAUCAGCAGCUAUUUUUUUUUAUUACCUUUUUUAAUUUGAAUCCCUGUGCAAAAUUAGUGGAUGUUAAUUAAUUGAACACACUAGGCAUGUUGGAUAUUUACGCCGGGAAAGGUUCAGAAGUUUGUCUUUUGUUGCUAAUGGAAAAAGCUAACAGUUGUGAGUGUUUUUAAUGACACGGAACACAAACACACCCAAUAAUCUAACAAACAGGACACCUAAAAUGUUUUUGCGCUCUGUGUUUAGUGGAAAUCCUAUAUUGUGAGGAUCCACAGUGUAUGUUGUUGUGCAGCAUCUACAGAUCUUGUGACACUCCGUAAUCUUUUCAUAAUGUCCCAGAAGACUUUCAUCAUCCUUCUGUAAACAUCGUGACACCUGACAUUUUUCAUGUGCAUUUCAACGCAUCACAUCAUAAGGUGUUAUAAGAAGUUGGGUAAAUCCGAAUGAACCGAAAGUUCCAGGUGUACAGUCAAGUAUCAUUAAUGUUUUGAUCGUUUUAUGAAAGUCAACUCUGAAGAGGCUAAAAUUCUACUAUUCUAAAAGUAUUUUUUUUUUGGUCAAUGUUGAGUUUGGUUGGACGGUUGCUAGAGGAUAUUCUGACAUUCCUUGUAUGCGUGUGUUGUUUUUUAGCAGACGGUCCUUUAAAAGUUCUAAUGUUUUGUAUAUGAUCCAGUUUUGAGAGUCAUAAUUAUGACUUUGCUUUAGAUUAGUACAGAACAAACUGCUUUAGAUGGAUGUUAAUGUAUAUGUCGGGAGUAUUUUGUCUUGUUCUAAUAGCAAAGAACACAUCUCUUCCACAGAGAGUUCAGCGCUUUGAUUCUUGGUUAGCAUUCCUUGGAGAAAAAAAACAAAUAUACAUUAGAUUUUUGCAAUUUUACAAAUUCAUUAGAAAUCGAAUAAUUGCUAACUUAUUUGAAAAUGACUGAUGAAUGCAAAGUAUUUGUUUUAUACAUCACAUAGUUAGUGAAACAUUGCAUUUGGUUGGGGAUUUAAAUCAAUCUGUUUUAUGAGGCAGGUCAAGCACUAAUUAAUUUCAAAAUUGGUUUAGCACUAAUAUCAAUGUACUUAAAACCAUCUGAACAAUUUAGCAGUAAUUUAUACAUUUAAUUCAAAUGUAAUAAAUCCAAAAGGGGAUUUGAAGCUUUUUAGGUUCUCUUUUGGAAACUUGUUUGCAUGUAUUGUAUUGAAAGCCUUAGACAUCCCACAGCAGUGUUUUUUUUUUUUUUUUGUUUUUGUAUAAUUCCAAAAAUUAUCUAUGUAUUCAUGUUUAUAAAAGAAAUUUCGCCCACUUAGUGCCCAUAAAGUGACUUGGAUUACUCCUACGCGUUUGAAGACCAACAGAAAACAGCUUGUUUUUGUUCACUGUGAGAGGAAUGAAUGUGUGGAGAUAUUUGACGAACAGUGUCUUGAUGUGGUAAACGAGAGCGGUGUGAAUGAAUGGACUGCUGUCAUCAGCAUCUGCUGAACAUUUAUGCCACUCCACAGGCCCUAAGCACCUUAUGUUAAUGCUUUUCUUGUUCUUAUGGGGUCCAUUUUUUAAGAUGAAUAUUUUCAUAGGUACACCAAACUGUGUUUAAUAUCCUUUUCUAUACUAACUCCCUCCAUUGUUAUGGAAAGCAAAUUAAAUGGUCAUUAUCAUUUAGAUGCAGUUUCGAAGAAUAUGAGCCAUGUUGACUUCAACAACAAUUAGAUGGGUGUUUUUUUUUUUUUUUUUUUUUUUUAAUUGGACGUGUAGCCUCUUGCUUGGCAGGUAUUUACUGUAUAUCAGGAGUGUUGGAAUAUGUUUAUAUGAUUAAUGGGGAGUGUGUUCAGAUUAAGUUUGCAUUUUGUAUACCCUAAAAAUGCUCCAAGUCUGAGUCCUUUGAGCGUUGGAGAGAAUGACAGCCUUCAACACAGCUUUACCUUUUGACUGUGUACUUUUGCCUUCAUUGUGCUAUCAAAUAGAAAAUCUCCUCACCUACUAAA